AUGUUGCCAAUAUGGGCAGAAGCAUUUUCCGAUGACUACGAUGAGGAUACGAUAUUGCAGUCAGUUCGAGAAUACUUUUCUGGAUUAGAUUCCAUGAAUAAUGAUAAUAUUGGAUGCAAAGUUGUUACACAAAUCCGCAAUUUUACUAAUUUCCUUGAGCGUGGAGUAAUUAAAGGAGCUAUUUGUUUUUUAACCAGCACUGGAACGGUACUUGGAGCAAUUGAAAAAAUCAGUAAAAAAGCGGAACGUUCUAUUAACGAAACGAUAGAUCAUUUGUCCGGAACCGAUCGAACUGCAGAUAAAGAGGAAUCAUUUCUUCUCCUUCACUUUGGUUUCUCUUUUUGA